AUGGAAAUUCCCGAACAUCGCAAGUGGAUGGUUAAUAGGAUGGGUCCUGAUCAAAGAAGAGUAACAGAUGAGUAUAUGGCUGGUGUUUUCGAGUUCGCGCAAUUUGCUUGUGCACAAGAAAAAUUUAAAAAAGAAGGAAAGUUGAGAUGCCUGUGUAAAAUAUGUAAGUGUAAGAAACAUCAGUUAGUUGGCGAUGUCAUGGGACACCUUUGUAUGAAGGGAUUAAUGGAUGGUUACUAUUAUUGGACUAAUCAUGGUGAAAAAAGGCCUCCAAUUCCGCCAGUGGUUUCAAACAACUAUUACAAAUGUAGUGGGGUUCGGGAAGACUUCAAUGACUUUGAGCAAAUGGUAAUGGAUGUAGCUGGACCGUCUCUUGCUGCGCAAGCUCCCUUUUAUAAUGGUUGUGAAAAUUAUUCUGAACUUUCUGCUACAAUACAAGCUUUAAGUAUCAAGUCAGACUUCAAUAUCUCUGAGACUUGCUUUAAUCAAUGGAUGGAUUUUAUGGGAAAGGCGUUGCCAAAUGACAAUCGAAUGCCUGAAAACUUCUAUCGUGCAAAGAAAUCAGUGGAAAAGCUUGGAUUGGGUUGCAUAAAGAUUCAUUGUUGCCCUAAUGGAUGUAUGAUAUAUUACUUUCCUGAUGAUAAAAAUCUUCGUAGUUGUAAAAUUUGUGGUGAAGAUCGUUACAAAAGCGUCAUUAGAAAUGGUAAGGCUAGAGAAGUUCCUUUAAAAAAGAUGUGGUAUUUCCCUCUUAUCCCAAGACUUCAAAGACUUUAUUCGUCAAUGCAAACUGCAAGCCAAAUGAGGUGGCAUCGUGAGAAUAUAAGAGAUCCAGGCUAUUUAUCGCAUCCAUCUGAUGGAGAGGCAUGGAAGCAUUUUGAUGAAAGAUAUCCCGAAUUUUCAAUGGACCCUCGAAAUGUGAGGCUAGGAUUGUGUGCUGAUGGAUUUGCACCAUUUGAUAAAACAGGUAGGACAUAUUCAUGUUGGCCAAUAAUUCUUACUCCUUACAAUCUUCCACCUUGGAUGUGCAUGAGAAGAGAGUUCUUAUUCUCAACCAUUAUAAUUCCUGGCCCUUCCGAUCCAAAAGGGAAGAUUGAUGUGUACAUGCAGCCACUUAUAGAUGACCUUAAACUUUUAUGGAAUUCUGGUCUGAUGACUUAUGAUGUCUCACUAUAG